UUGAAGAAAAUGUCAAGGCUUUGGUCGACUACACUGCAGCAGCUGCUGCUGCUACUCGCCAUAUCGUUUAUACGGGCCUCAGACAAGGCAGCAGAGCUCGGUGACAGACUGACAAGGGCAGAGGCUCGGCUGAACACUGACCCCUGUGAGCAGUAUACCAACAUCUCAGACCCGUGGAGGAACCGUGGCUUCUUGUCGUCUACCUCUCAACUCCAGCUGAAAGACGACUCAAACCUGCCGGAAGGCUGGUACCGCUUUGUCGGUGUAGGGGGUGAUAUCCUGGAUUUCGACCCCUUUCCAAACUCAUCUUUGAAAGAGGAGCGUCUGGGAUCCUGUGGCCACCAGUCGUACAGUAAUUUGCCAGAUAAGAUAGCUCUUUGUGCACCACCGGACAGGAAAGUGGGUGAAAGUGUGGAUGUUAAAAUCUGUUUUAAGAAAUUCUUUGUGCAUAAGCUGAAACCCACCAACAGCAGUCAGAUAUAUGGCACAGGCCAUUGGAGGUGUACAGACUCCUCUUGUGGUGAGUUUGCCCAAUGUGGUGAGUUAGGAGCCUGUAAGUGUAAGCCUGGAUAUGAGAUGCCCAAAGGACUACCGACAGGAGAUACAUACAGAUGCACAGCAUCAAAAACCGGCUGGAUCUCGGCUAACAGGACGCUGUUGGGGGGCACGCCCAAGGUGGCUUUUGCAGCAGCAUUGGGAAAAGCUAUGGCUAAAUCAAACGAUGAAAAGAAAAUACCCUUUAAAAACAUCUUGACAAAUGUUGGCGGUGCAUAUGACAAUUCAACAGGGGUAUUUACCGCACCGUGCGAUGGUGUCUACUAUUUCAGCUUCUCAACUUUCAAAGCAGAGAGCCCUAAAACUAAUGCUUGCACGAGCCUCUUUAGAAAUGAAGAGCGUUUACUGACAGCCUGUGAUCAUGCUGUUGGUGGUGACACUACAGACACCGCUGGUAACGGAGCUCCUCUGCUCCUGAAGAAGGGUGAUCAAGUCUACAUCACACUUCAUGCCCGCUCCUCGGUCUACGAUGAUGAUCUUAACCGGAGUUGCUUUAGGGGAUUCCUUCUCUUUGAGAUGUGAGAUAAGAUUAAAUGAAAUCUCACAAGCUGCCAAAUGAAUCAGCUAAUUACAAUGUUGGUCACAGGUGCAGGAAGUUGGGGUGCUGCAGCACCCCCUGGUGGCGAACU